AGGGGAAAAUCGUCCGUGAGCAGCCACACUGCCUCAGCAGGAUCAAGCCUUUGUGUGUUUUCGCAUCAUAUUAUAUGCCAUGAUCUUGAUGACAUCCUCUGUAGGCGUGGGUUCGAGUGUUAUAACGACAAAGCUAUAAAUAGUUAGUAUGCAAUGAAAUAAAAGCCGGCCUUUGCCUGGGAACAUGAAGUCAUUCAGCAAAGUCCCCAAAUACAUUUCGAAAAAUAGCACGCCAUGCCUUUCAUCGAAUUCACCUCGAAUCCCAAUCGCCGCUCUACAAGCGUUCAGGAAAAUGGCGCGCCGUACUACAUACCGGCAACCGAGUAUUCAACAGCAUGGGUAUGCCAAUGGACCGAUCCCGAGUUUGGCGUCUUGAACGAACAGGACUUGGAGCUUCUGAAGCAUGUGAAUUGCUCGUACCUUUCCUCCGGCAGACCUCCAACGCUGUUAGCAUUGAAACAGCACGCACAGUCUCUUACAAAUCUUAUCAAGAAAAUUUGCGUCAGCACUACAUUUGGAAUCAUCGAUGGGAAGGGCGAGCGGCGUCCGGCUUUUAGGAAGAAUGAGGCCUUUGAUUGGCUAAAGAACCUCGACGAACCAUAUACGAACGACGACGAAUUUCACCAUAUUCCACUUUGGGCGCUGGCGAAUCAUGUUAAAUCUGAGGACGAGGAGACUGGAAUUGAAUGCCACUGCCCUCUCACGGAGGUGCGCAGCGCGGAACUCACCGAGCCUGGCGAGACGACAUUCCGACCGUACUGUAGCCAUCACAACUUGGUCAUGCAUGCAAACAAAUGCCUCGAGAUUCUAGAUCACGAAUAUAGUGCGACAGGAGGCCUCUCUUCAUUGAUUCCAUCUGGAAAUGAGGAUGAUAGUGAGCAAAUGACUGCUGCAAAGAACACGAUACUGGGGCAGAUGCUCCUUCAUCAGCAACACAUGGUUCAACGGAUGCACGAACUCGAGAUCCAGUGCGCUAGGGCUGUCGAUAUUCUGGAGGGAGAAGCUGUUGUGCCCAUGCAGAUGGUUCAACACUUAGGCCCAGAGAGACGACUGAUGGGACGCGAGUUAGCCUAUGUACAGGAACGAUUUAUUCUUGCCAACGCGGGAGAAGAUGCCUUUCAAUUCAUACACCAGCUGCUGGAUAAACAAGAGUCCAAGAUUCAAGCCCAGGACCAGAUGUCGUUCAAUUCAGGAGUCAGCGGCGAGCGAAUGUGGUCGCAAACAGAAGCUGGCAAAUGGUAUUCCCGUGGUUUCGUACCUGUCGAUUUGACGGCGCGGUUUGUUCGUCUCAAGGGUUCAGGAGGGCAGUCAACGAUCUUCAUCAUCCCGGUUAUCGACCAUCACCCCGGCACAGCACAAACUCGAAAGAUGGAGAGUCAGCCAACGGUAGUAUCUGUGGUGGCGCCAUCUUGGCCAGAACGAGCUUCAGAUCUUCUGAAGCGUGAGAACGAUUAUAUUCAGAAGGCGAAGAAGUUGGAAGAUGAAAACGGGACACUCGCACGAGAUAAGAUGGAGAUGCAGGCUAGCUUGAAGAUUGCUUUGGCGGAGCUGCGAAGGACAAGGCACGAAGUGAACUUCUUGAGGGAGCAUCUGACUGGGUAGUGAGUAGCAUGAUUCGCAGCGAGAUCGAAGCAAUGAAGCGGCAGAUGGCGAAGCUGAGAGAGGAGCUGCCCAGGAAGUAUCACCACCUCUUGCGGAUUGACGACUGAGUGUGAGUUGUGUUGGGGGAAACAAGUAGAUGGUUGGUCGGUGCGGCUUGCGGUGACGGUUUUCAGGUCGGGCGAGAUCGAUUAGAAUGUAGAUUAGCGGUUCUAGUGUUGAUCUAAAUUUCCGAGAAUUGAUUGUGUU